AAGUAGAACGAUAAAUAGUAUAGAUAUUUCAAAACGCAAUGGAGGAGGCUGAAAAGCCUGUAUUAAUUUACUUGCGCAACUGCUUUUGCAACACAAUGCGGAAUUUAUUCAAAUUUUUUACUGACCCAAUAAAAUAAUAAAAAAUAAUAAGAUUUUCACAUUUUUCUAUGUUUAUUUAUAGUAAAUUGUAUAUUAUCAAUUUGCAGUGUAUUUUAACAAAAACAUUUCUAUAGAAGUCAGGAUCUCUUCAUUUCAUUUUUAUAUAUUUUUUUCUCCGUAAAAUCACUUUAAUUAUAUCAAAUUAUACUAAGAAUUUUUUUAUGGAAUGACGAUUUUUGUGUGUAGAUGAAAGUUUUUUGCUGUUUUUUUUUAUCGUCUUUUUUUCUCCUGAAGAUGAAAUUUAUUACGAAAAAAAAAAACAAAAAAAGGUUAACUUUCAUAAACAAUGAAUUUUUCAAAAACGAAAUAAAAGAAUCAGAUAAGAAUUUUUAUUUUUUUUCUUUUAUUUUUGAAAACUAUAAUAACUAAAAAAAGUAGAUCUCUUUUUUUGUCCUAAAUGAAACUGAAAUUAUUUGAAUAGAUUCUUUUUAUUCGAUUUAAAAUAAAUAAAAUAAUUUCAUUUAUUUUACUUUUAUCAAAAAAAAAUUUUAAAAACAAUUAGAUUUCACAAUAUUUACGGAAAAAAUUUAAUAUAAAUUUUCAAUAUUUAAGAAAAAAAUCACAAAGAAAAUUGUAAUUUGAAAAAUGGUUUUCGUCGUAUGCGUACGGAAGCUGUUCCGUUUGACAUGGAAUGUAAUCGAAUAACGAAAAGGCCUCGUAAAACAUCUUCUGUAACACAAAUUACUACUUUUUUCUAGUCUGAAAUGACUAUAUCACGAGAUAAUGAGCUACAGACUGAAAAGAAGUGUUACUAGAACAUGAAAAUCUCCUUAGAAUUUCCUGUUAAGCAGUUUUCUUCUUGAAAGCUUGGAUUUUCAGACAUUAAAAAUAAUCCUCGACAUUGAAAGAAUUUACUUACAAAGUUCUUUUUUUAAAGACUAGGUUGUGGAAAGAUUGUCCUAUUUGUAGUACUUUCUCGUGUAUGAGAGACAAAGAUCUCUUCAACAAUGACGAUUCUUUUUUCUUUGUUUAUUGUAGUUAUUCCUAAUAUUCCAAUUGAUGCUCAAUGGUCACAGAAUGGAACGACCGUUGCUGGAGGGAAUGGACCAGGCAAUGCCACAAAUCAACUCAAUUGGCCUCAAGGUUUCUUCGUUGAUGAUGAUCAAACGAUGAUCAUUGGUGACGGGAAGAACCAUCGUAUCGUCCAAUGGAAGAUGCGUGAUAAGAAUGGACAAGUUAUAGCUGGUGGAAAGGGCCAAGGCAAUCGAUUGGAUCAAUUGGAUUGUCCAACUGAUGUGCUGAUCGACAAAGAGACUUAUAGUCUCAUUAUCUGCGAUUCCGAGAAUCGACGAGUUGUACAAUGGUCUCGUUGCAGUGGCACAACUCAAGGAGAAAUCCUCAUCGACAACAUCGCUUGUUGGGGAUUGUUCAUGGAUCAUCACAGAUAUCUUUAUGUCUCUGAUACCAGAAAAAAUGAAGUAAAACGAUAUAGAAUAGGAGAGAAGAAUGGAAUUGUCGUGGCUGGUGGAAAUGGCAAAGGUAAUAGACUUAAUCAAUUCAACCAUCCGACCUACAUCUUUGUCGAUCAGCAACAAGCUGUCUACGUGUCAGAAGGUCAUCGUGUAAUGAAAUGGAAUAAAGAUGCAAAAGAAGGCAUUGUCGUCGCGGGGGAUCAAGAUGAAGAAAAUGUUCUGACACAAUUGUCUGAUGCUCAAGGACUGUUCGUCGAUAUGUUGGGUACCAUCUAUGUGGCAGAUCCGUCGAAUCAUCGAGUGAUGCGUUGGACUAAAGGAGCACAACAGGGUACUGUCAUUGUGGAUGGAAAUGGUGAAGGAGCAAGAGCAAAUCAGUUCAAGUGGCCCCUUGAUUUAUCAUUCGAUCAAGAAGGCAAUCUAUAUGUCGUCGACGGUGGUUAUGAGGGAAAUCAUCGUGUUCAAUUUUUUCCUAUUCAAUAA